AUGGGAUGUAUAAAAUCAAAAAGGAAAGAGAAUCUGCAUGGAGAUGGGCUAGAUUUGAAGAAUCAACCAGUACGUAAAACUGAACGAACUAUUUAUGUGAGGGAUCCAACGUCCAAUAAACAGCAAAGGCCAGCAAAUCCAGAAGCACAGCUCUUACCAGGACAGAGGUUUGUCAAUGAAGAAACAGAGGAGCAUGGAGUCAUUGUGGUAGCUUUGUAUCCCUAUGAUGGCAUUCAUGAAGAUGACUUGUCCUUCAAAAAAGGAGAAAAAUUGAAAGUCAUUGAGGAGCUGGGAGAAUGGUGGAGAGCAAAAUCUCUCACAACAAGGAAGGAAGGCUUCAUUCCCAGCAACUAUGUAGCAAAAGUAAACACCCUGGAAACAGAAGAAUGGUUCUUCAAAGACAUAACCCGAAAAGAUGCCGAAAGACAACUCCUGGCUCCUGGAAAUAGUCCUGGUGCUUUCCUUAUCAGGGAAAGUGAAACAUUAAAAGGCAGCUAUUCUCUCUCCAUAAGAGACUAUGAUCCACAGCACGGCGAUGUUAUUAAGCACUACAAAAUUAGGAGUCUAGACAAUGGAGGAUUUUACAUCUCUCCAAGAAUAACUUUUCCCAACAUCAAUGAUAUGAUCAAACAUUAUCAAAAGCAAUCAGAUGGCUUAUGCAGAAAGUUGGAAAAAUCUUGUAUUAGUCCCAAGCCUCAGAAACCAUGGGAUAAAGAUGCAUGGGAGAUUCCACGGGAAUCCAUUAAAUUAGUGAAGAAACUCGGAGCUGGUCAGUUUGGAGAAGUCUGGAUGGGUUACUAUCACAACAGCACGAAAGUGGCCGUGAAGACUCUGAAGCCUGGAACGAUGUCGGUGCAAGCCUUCCUGGAGGAAGCCAACCUCAUGAAAACGCUUCAGCAUGAUAAGCUCGUUCGGCUUUAUGCUGUCGUGACCAAAGAAGAACCUAUUUAUAUUAUAACAGAAUUCAUGGCUAAAGGAAGUUUGCUGGAUUUUCUGAAGAGUGAUGAAGGAAGUAAAUUGUUGCUUCCAAAGCUAAUUGACUUCUCUGCUCAGGUUUCAAAAGGAAUAUGUGAAGUUGGGUUUAAUUCUUAG